AUGUUAACAUUUCGCGCCACUUCUCGAAAGUUUAGAUUUCCACGCGCUUCGUUUUCAUUCUCUAUUCCACGCUCUAAUUCGAGCACUCCCUCUUAUAGAUCGUUGCUCUCUGAUCACCUAAAGAACCACAGAUUAGACGAAGCUCGUGAAGUUUUGGAUCGAAUCCCGGUUCGAAAUGUAACUCUAUGCACCAUGAUGAUCAAUGGGUAUGCGCGAAAUGGCAGGCUCGGUGAGGCCUUGAAGCUUUUUGACGAAAUGCCGGAGAGAGACGUGGUUUCCUGGAAUUCGAUGAUAAAAGGGAGUUUGGAUUGUGGGGAUUCGGGUAUGGCUGUGAAGCUUUUCGAUGAAAUGCCGGAGAGGAAUGUUGUGUCUUGGACGACGAUGGUGAAUGGGUAUUUGCAAUUUGGGAGUGUUGAGAUGGCAGAGCGCCUGUUUCGGGAGAUGCCAGUGAGGGAUGCGGCGGCCUGGAAUUCGAUGAUUUAUGGGUAUUGUGAUAAUGGUAAGGUUGAAGAUGGUAUGAGAUUGUUUGAGGAGAUGCCUUGUCGGAAUGUGAUUUCGUGGACUUCGAUGAUUGGAGGGCUUGACCAGAAUGGGAAGAGCAAUGAAGCUUUGUGCCUAUUUAGGAAGAUGGUGGGUUCUGGUACUGAGCCCACUUCGACUACAUUUGUUUGUGUAUUGACAGCUUGUGCAAAUAUAUUAGCUUCACAUCUAGGUGUUCAGAGUCAUGGACAGGUUAUUAAGUUAGGGUACUGCUUUGAUGAAUUUAUAUCUGCUUCACUUAUAACAUUUUAUUCAAAUUGCAAGCAAAUAGAGGAUGCUGGCAAGGUUUUCCACGAGGUAAUGCAUAAAAAUGUAGUGGUAUGGACAUCUAUUGUAACGGGAUAUGGUUUAAAUUGUAAGCAUGAGGAUGCAAUGAAGGUUUUUGGGGAUAUGAUAAAAAUGGGUGUCCUUCCAAAUCAAUCUUCUUUCACAAGUGCUUUGAAUUCAUGUUCUGGAUUAGAGGCUCUUGAUAUAGGCAAAGAGGUCCACACAGUAGCUAUUAAGCUGGGUUUGGAAACUGAUGUCUUUGUAGGUAAUUCUAUUGUUGUCAUGUAUACUAAAUGUGGAAAUAUAAAUGAUGGGGUUGCUGUAUUUAAAAGAAUUCGGGAGAAGAAUAUUGUCUCAUGGAAUUCAAUUAUUGUUGGAUGUGCACAACAUGGGUGUGGCUUCUGGACUCUAACUCUCUUUAACCAAAUGAUACGCGCAGGGGUAGAACCAGAUGAAAUCACAUUCACAGGGUUGCUUACUGUGUGUAGCCAUUCCGGGAUGUUACAGAAAGGGAGGUAUUUUUUCAAAUAUUUCAGUCAAAGUAAACAUAUUGAGGUGAAGCUUGAACAUUGUACAUGUAUGGUUGAUGUCUUGGGCCGAUCUGGUGAGUUGGAAGAAGCAGAGGAAUUCAUAAGAAACAUGCCUAUAAAAGCAAAUUCUUCGGUCUGGCUAGCUUUGCUUAGUGCCUGUAAGAUGCAUUCUAACUUAUAUGUGGCCGAAAGAGCUGCAAAAUGCAUUUUUGAUCUAGAACCAAAUUGUAGUGCAGCAUAUGUUUUAUUAUCUAAUUUAUAUGCUUCUGCAAAAAGAUGGGGUGAUGUCUCCAGGUUACGGAGGAAGAUGAAACAUAGUGGAAUUGUAAAACAAGCAGGAUCCAGUUGGGUUGUUCUUAAGGGGCUAAGGUAUGAAUUUCUUUCUGGAGAUAGGUCCCAUCCCCUCAGUGAAAAAAUAUAUAAAAAACUGGACUGGUUGGGAGGAAAGCUGAAGGAAUUUGGUUAUAUUCCUGAUCAACAGUUUGCUUUGCAUGAUGUUGAGGUUGAACAAAAGGAAGAGAUGCUGUCUUAUCAUAGCGAGAGGCUUGCCAUUGGUUUUGGGUUGAUUAGUACUGUUGAGGGGAGUCCAAUAACAGUAAUGAAGAAUCUUCGUGUAUGUGGCGACUGCCACUCUGCUAUUAAGCUUAUAGCAAAGAUUGUUGGGCGGGAGAUCACUGUAAGAGAUUCUAGCCGCUUUCAUCACUUCAGGGAUGGCAUUUGUUCUUGUGGAGAUUAUUGGUAGUGCUACUCAUGGGUUUGUGGGACAAACUAUGUGAAAUUGUUUUGGGGGGCUUUAUAAUGCUUGAAAUAAUUUACAGUAAAGCAUGUUUAGGCAUAUCAUAUCAUGCCCAUAAAAUCAGAAACUAUCAGAGGAAUGAUGAGAUUAAGAAAUUCUUUGGCCAUCUUUUGGUAUGACUUGAGGACAAAGCACACCACUUUCUAGUUUAAGGUUCCUGGAUGUAGAUACUGCGGCAUUUAAUGAUUUCCUUGUCAGAAUUUGAACAGAGAAGUGGAGUUGUCUUGUCUACAAAAACUCUUUAUAUUUGGAGUUGCUUCUAGAUCUUUGUUUCUAGAUGGUCCUCUUCAUCAGUUAAAUAGACAUUUUAGUGGUGAUGGUUAUGACAUAAGAAAUCGGAGUUCUAUUGAUCCAUGUUUCUGUGGCAAUCUCAUAAGGAGGUAUGCAAGAAUUGUUUUGUAGAUAGAAAGUGAAUUUUCAAAGGGCAAAACGCUAUUCAUAGUGGUCAGAAGCAAAUCCAAUUCUGGUGAUUGUGAUAAUGUGGUAGAUAGUUGAGAGAUUCAAGUUAUUCAACUAUGAAUUAUAGAACUUUUCCUUGGAUGUUGACUGUAUCAGCAAUGGGAGUGAAGAGUCUUAUGCUACAAAUCAUUCUCUACAUGUUGUGAAAAUGUGGAUGCCCAGAGGAAUGUUCCUCAAGGACCUCCAUUUGAAGGUGAUUUUUUUGUGUGUGUGUUAGAAAAGAGAGUGAAGUUUGAAAACGUGAAAAUUUUAUGUUUUUUAAAGUGGAAAAAUACUUCAG